AAGGUUCAAAGUUAAAUUAUUUUGAAGGAUAGUUAAAUGGAAAAUACUUGGAUGUUAUUUAAAAUUAUUAAGGAAAAAACAACGUUAAAUGACGUUAUCAUUACGCACUAGAACCUCGCUAGUUCGAAUACAUAUAAUAAUGUGAUUAUAGCGAUAGACAGAGGAGGGAUAUACAUUUUAUUUCAUUUAUUCUCAAAUGUUUUAUGUGUCAAAGAUCUAAGUAUACAGACGAUCUAUAGAAUCGAACAGUGACAAAUAAUGAACAAAUAAUGACUACGUGCAUGAGGACCUGAACUAUUUCAUAAGCUUUAAACAGUAUCCUGACUAACUUUGAAAAGUGUUAAAGCUUCGAAAUUAUGGGAUUAUGUGGGAGUGCGUCCCUAUGGGCGAUUAUCGCUCUGGUAGUAGCAAUAAUCGCGAUGAUAUUAGAUAUCGUUGGUGUUGCGACUAUAUCGUGGAUGGUUUAUCAAAUCACAACUAACAGUAUAAGGGUCGGUUUGUUUCGGAUGAAAUCAUGUGUGGCUAAAGCUUGUACUGAAGGCGACGUGAAUUCGGGUUUCAAAGAUGCAAACUUCACAGCAACACAAGGCUUUGAAAUAUUGGCACUUAUACUUCUUCUACUUGCACCAAUAGCCCUGUGUGUUUAUGUGUGCGUCCGUUCAAUGAGAGGAACAUGCCUGGCAUACACCGCCAUGAUUAUGCUGUUUACUGCAGCAUUUUUCUGCUUUGUUGGAAUGAUAUGUUGGUUGUCGUAUGUCCCGGAUCCGUACGUUGUGUCAUACUCUCUUGGAUUAACUGUCAUCGCGGCCAUCCUGGCUUGUAUUGCUGGACUUUUGAUUAUACCGGAAGUGCUCGAUGAUGGUAGACAAGUAACGCCGAACAGACGUUUCUAAUAAUGAGGUCAUGGUGACGUCAUUCAGGUGACGACGAAAUCAAUACACACAUUAUAAUGACGAAUUACCUGUGACACGAAAAGCAACUUCUUCAUGUCCAUAAAACAUCAAUAGAAAAAUGAGAUAUAGAACACGAAUACAGAAAUAAAUAAAACUGUAUUCAGAAUAUGUCUUUUCAGAAUCUGAAAAUGAUAACGUGUUUAGUUAAAGUAAAAGGUAUUACAAGUACUACUGUACUAUUUCAAAUGACAAAUUUACGUGUUGUACUACCAUUAAAAUAUAAUUACAACCAAUGAUUGUAUAAAUCACCCUCUUUGACUUCCGAGAAUCGGUAACUAUAGCAACGAAGGACA